AGUGUUUCUAUGAAUUAAAAGAUGAAAUAUGCCAGGCUUCUGUCACUGCAUUUAAUGAGGAUUUGCCUUUGCUGGUAGAGACUGACGCCUCCGGUACCUCACUAGCCGCUACCCUUUCCCAGUUAGGUAAACCUGUGGCUUUCUUUUCAAGGACCCUGACUUCAUCUGAAAAGCGACAACCUGCUGUGGAAAGGGAGGCUAUGUCAGUUAUUGAAGCCUUGCGUAAGUGGAGGUUGUUUCUUUUGGGAAGGAGAUUCACAAUUUUGACUGACCAACAAGCUGUGUCUUUUAUGUUUGAUAUGAAACACUCUUCCAAGAUCAAGAACGACAAAAUUAUGCGUUGGAGACUAGAACUCUCAGAGUACUGCUUUGACAUUCACUACCGCCCUGGUCUUGAUAACAUCCCUUGUGACACUCUGUCUCGAUCUUGCGUCACUGCUUCAGCCUCUUCACCUGCCUCACUUGAAGAUAUUCAUGUUUCACUUUGUCACCCUGGAAUUACGAGACUCUAUCACUUUGUCAGAACUAAGAAUUUGCCUUUCUCCUUGGAAGAUGUGAAGAGAGUUUGUAAUCAAUGUUCUAUUUGUUCUGAGUUGAAACCUAAAUUCUUUAGAAAACCGAAAGCCAGACUUAUUAAUGCCUUGAAUUGUUUUGACAGGUUGUCUAUAGACUUCAUGGGUCCUAAACCUUCAUGUACUCGAAACAAGUAUAUAUUCACAGCCAUUGACGAAUAUUCUAGAUUUCCUUUUGCCAUUCCUUGUCAAGACAUGUCUGCACAGACCGUAAUUUCCUGUUUCCACAAGAUAUUCUCAUUGUUUGGAUAUCCUUCUUCUGUUCACUCAGACAGAGGAGCACAGUUUAUGUCACGAGAAGUUCAACAAUUUCUCAUGGAACAUGGUGUCGUUAUGACUCAUUCAACUCCUUAUCAUCCCCAGGGAAACGCUCAGUGCGAGAGAGAGAACGGAGUUAUAUGGAAAGCUGUUAAGUUGGCAAUCAGAUCCCGUAAAAUUCAUGAAUCUCAGUGGGAACUAGUAUUAGAUCAUGCCCUCCAUUCCAUCAGAUCUCUUCUUUGCACUACAACUAAUCAGACACCCCAUGAGAGAUUGUUCUCCUUUCAUAGGAAAUCGUCCAAUGGCUAUUCUCUCCCCUCUUGGCUGACAUCCCCCGGCCCAGUACUUUUACGAAAAUUUGUUCGAACUCGAAAUCUGAUCCUCUUGUAG